UUCCCGUCACCGCUGACAGUCUGCAGCUGGCCAAGGAAUUGUGGGUAGAAGACAUAUAAACACUUCCCAGCUUUGUCCUCAGUCGAUGAUGAAAGUGGACAUCCAAAUACGCAAAGCAGGAAGUAAUCGUCAUUAAUCAACAAUAGGAUGAAAUGUUUGUGUGUUGCGUGUUUGACAUAAACAAAACUAGUCGACGAAGCAAAAAUUGACAGGUCACCUUUCUUCUAUUGCACAAUAAUAAGCAUCUUAUUCUUCUAACGUGAUUACAUUUAACAAAAGAAAACAAACAAAAGCACUACAACUGAUUAAACAUGUCAAGCAUUGCAUUUUGGUUAGAUUGUUGAUUUGUUAGCAGCAUGGUGGCCUACUGGUUAGCACGUCUGCCUCACACAGGGGGUUUGAAUCUCGGUUCCAGCCUUCCUGUGUAGUUUCCACGUUGUUCCCAUCCUUGCGUGCACAUUUUCCCUCCCACAUUCUGAAAAAUUUUUAGUAUGUUUGCUUCACUGAAGACACAGAAAUUGUCCAGAGGUGGGAAUGGGAAUGGCAAUGCUUGUUUGUCUAUAUGUUCCCAGACAUUGACUAGCGACCAGUCCAUUGGUUGUCUAUUUGCGACCUGACAUUGGCUGGUGACCAGUCCAUUGUUUUUCUGUAUGUGCCCUGAGAUUGUCCAGGAUGUAUCUCACCUGACUUUGGACGAAAGGGCGGUGUACAAUCUGGACUGGUUGCCAGUCAAUGUCAGGGCACCCAUAGACAAACAAUGGACUGGACAUCAGCCAAUGUUCAAGGAACUGUCGCUUCCAGAUGGCAUAUAUAUCACAAUGCUCAAGAAAAUGAAACUGGUAAUCAUUUUGAUAAUUUUAGAGCAAUCAGUAAAUAACUAAUUACUAAUUGCCCUGGCAACGUCCCUUUUUCAUCGCCAAAAUCGACCCCAAAUUCACUGCUUAGCCGGCCGGUGUGGACAAAGGAAUCUAUUAUACUAUAAAGUGGCAGUAUUUCGUCAGAUUUUAUACAUUGACACUGUUGGAGAGAAUUCUAUUUAUCUAUCUAAUUAGCUUGUUAGCUGACGGGCUAGCGAACUUAAUAAACAGUUAACUUUACCUUAAAUGUCUGUUGUGUAGAUCUAUGCGCGGUGCAUGGAGCAAGGCUGUGGAGUAUUGGGCGAAGCUAACGCCGGUCUACGAGCCCACUAUUGGCCAGUACGUACCACCCUGCACGAUAGUACCAGGCCACUUCGCAAUGGAGCCGUCCAACUCGCCCUCAGCUCACUGGGUGAGCUGCGCGUGAGUCACCACAACAGAGACACUAGCCCAAAUAACACAAAACAUUUCAGGGAAGAGGCAUUUUUCGGGUUGGAGGCAGAGGUUGAUGGCUAACUGCAUGAUGUCGUUGCGCUAGAAAUACGCCAAGCUAUAAUUACUAGGUAAUGUCGCAAUUCCAGUGAAUAGGCAUAGACGGCCCUCGUUAGAUAUUGUGUGGGGACGGGGCGCGGGGGCUCAUACCAAAAAGUAUACGCCCCAGGCUGCUGUCGUCACGGGGCUAGUUUUUAGACCCCCCCCAAAAAUCCGGCCAACUGAGAUGGUGAAAAAGAGUUUUAAUCUAUAGCUCAACAAUUCAGUGGUAAAUUGUUCUGUUUUAGCACUUACCUUCAAGCAUAUUUAAUGUAUUUCGAAACAUAUCAUGUAAAUGACUUGGGUUCGACUUUAACAAAACAAGUCUAUUCAAAUGUAUUUAACCUAUUUUCACUCGUUAUUGUCUAAAAAAAAAAACGUCGACUUUCAAUAUAGGCAACAUUUAUUCAGCAGAACACGUGCUAGUUUAAUAACAAAAUGUCCUCGUCCUACCCCCCCUGAUGUGGGCAAGCCAAAAUCUGUCUGAAAAUCAAAAAUAUAAUCAGAAAAAAAAGCCCAAAAUUACUACUGAGUCUAUUUGGUGGGGGUUCUGCAGACAUUGUUUUUAAGUCUAAUUUUCACAUCAUUAGAGAGGUAUAUGGACUGGACCCCAGCCAAUGUCAGAGAACAUACAGACAAACAAUGGACUGGUCGCUAGUCAGUGUCCGCUUUAUCCUCACAAGGGUCGCGGGCGUGCUGGAGCCUAUCCCAGCUAUGUUCGGGCGAGAGGCAGGGUACACCUUGAACUGGUCGCUAGCCAAUCGCAAGGCAGCUAUAAACAUCAACCAUUCGCGCACACAUUCACACCUACGGGCAAUUUAGAGUCUUCAAUCAACCUACCAUGCAUGUUUUUGGGUUGUGGGAGGAAACCAGAGUACCCGGAGAAAACCCACGUAGGCACGGGGAGAACAUGCAAGCUCCACACAGGCCGGGCCGGGAUUUGAACCCCGGUCCUCAAAACUGUGAGGCAUAUGUGCUAACCAGUCGGCCGCCUGUCAGGGCACAUAUAGACAAACAAUGCACUGGUCAUCAGCCAGUUGCAGUGUAAUCAGAUUUUUCAAAAUAAUUGACACGUUUCAGAAUAAUAAUUCAUGAUACAAAUGUUAAAUCACAUUUAUUGUUGUGGUGGAAGAAACCUGAGCCCAAACUUGACCGCCUGCUAGCUUAAAUAUAAGUGCUGCUUGUGCACGUGGCCACUUUGACAUUCCUCAAUUUCCUCUUGGGCCACUCAGAAGCGAACGUAUUUGAGCGUGUGACCAAGCACAAAUUGCAACAUAUUUUGUAUCAUAAACGUUCACCUGCAACUUUCAAUCAACCCCCAACCUCCCUCAAAAAAAAAAAAAAAAAAAAAGUCGCCACCUGGUCCGUGCAUGAGCCUCGUAAGACUUCAACUUUAGCCAGCGUAGCGUAGAAAAAAAAACACUAAGGGGGAAAAUGUCUUUUCUUAUUUUGCAUGACGACUUUCUUAUGAUUUUUGUUUCCAUUCAACCACCGAGACAUGGCAUAAUUCAGGAAUGUUCCUGGGCCGGAAUGCUGAGAGACGUCACUACUAUGCAUGGAUACCGUUGAGGUGCCGCCCUCCACAGAAUGCCUCCCUGGGGGGCUGCCCAUAUCAGAAACUGCCACUGACAGUGAAUGCAUUGGAUCAAACCCCAGUGGGAGGUCGACAGCGUGCAGAAAAGUGUCAUUGGUUACUAUUCAUCAGAUGCAAGAGCAAUGAUCUGGACCUGGAGGCCACCCUUCAGUUUCUGCCCACCCCGGAUGCCAAAAAGCUGGAGAAGAGUCCAAUGCGUCGCAGGAAGUUGUGGAUCGUUGUUGGCCUGGUGGCAGCAGCCGCCGCGCUGUCUCUGCUGACCGGACUGCUGGUGUGGCGCUUACACCUGCACCGCGAUGUGGCCGUGACACGCGUAUACGUGGGCUCCAUGGCCAUCGCCAACCAGCGCUUCCUGCCGGACUACGAGGACCCUGGCAGCGGGCCGUUCGCCAAGAUGGCGUCUCUCGUCAGCCAACAGCUAAGAGUGAUGUACAACGCAAACACGGUGUUGGGCAAAUACUUCAGACGCACGUCAGUGGAAACCUUCAGUGAUGACGGCGGUGAUACCGUGACGACGUACUACCACUCCGAGUUUGACAUCCCUGCCUCCCAGCUGGCCUCGGUGGACGCUGCCAUCCAGUCGCUGCAAACGGCAGCAGGAAGUCAACAAAGUCGGCAAGGCAGAGUGCUGCUGAAACCCCAGCAUGCGCUCGACAUUGACAGCGUUGUCGCCCGAGCCAUCGAUCCACGGAUGACAUCAUCGUCCUUAUUGGUCAAGAAGUCCUUUAACGUGCAUGUCCAAGAGGGCGGAGUCAUUCAGUCGCCAGGUUUCCCUGAUUCUUCGUACCCGUCCGACGUCUACCUGGAGUGGCGCCUGCGAGCAGACGCUGCCUACCGCGUGCGACUGGAUUUCCAAACGCUGAUCCUGGAGGACGACUGCCAACACGACUUUGUCAAGAUUUACGAUUCGCUAGCGCCCAUUGAGCAGACUGCCAUUGCUGAACAUUGCGGCAUUCCUCACCGUUCUCUGUCCUUCGUGUCGUCAGGGAGCGUUAUGUUGGUGACACUAGUCACCAACGAGGCAAAGAACUUUCCAGGCUUCAUAGCCAACUUCUCGCAGGUCCCUUUGGCGCCACCAGCAGACUGUGGAGGACCUCUGAGCGGUGACGUGGGCAUCUUCUCUUCACCGUUCUUCCCGUCUAGCUAUCCUCCUAGGACUGCGUGCGUGUGGAACAUCCAGGUGUCGAAAGGCAAGUUGGUCAAAGUCAAGUUCCGGAAGUUCUACAUCGGAAAUGACUCCAAUGAUUGUUCACGAGAUUACGUGGAAGUCAACGGCCGAAGGCUGUGCGGUGCGAAAGUGGGAAGUACAGCGGUGGCCAGCAGGAGCAACCGGAUGACUGUCAAGUUCAACUCGGACUGGUCAUAUGUGGACCAGGGUUUCUUCGCCGCCUACGAGGCCUUCACCCCGAGUGACUCGUGCCCGGGAAGGUUCCGUUGCACCAAUGACUUGUGCGUGGACUCCCGUGUGCGCUGUGACAGUGUGGAUGACUGCGGAGAUGCCAGCGACGAGGACGACUGCGGCACCUGCGCUCCCAAUGUAUUCCGCUGCAGGAACGGUCGCUGCGUCUUGUGGACAAUGGUGUGCAACGGCAAAGACGACUGCGCCGACGGGUCCGAUGAGUUCAAAUGCGAAAAAUCGGUCGCCAUGACGACAUGUCCCGACUCCAGCUUCCGCUGCAGAAACGGACGCUGUGUAGACAAAGUCAACCCCGAGUGUGACGGCGACGAUGACUGCGAGGACGCGUCUGAUGAGGAAUCCUGCCAGUGUGGUUCAGAGCCAUACCGAAGCUCUCGCAUUGUUGGUGGUGAGGCUGCACAAGAGGACGAAUUGCCCUGGCAGGUCAGCCUCCACGUGGCGGGGCAGGGACACGCAUGUGGUGCUUCUGUACUGAGCAGCCGCUGGCUACUGACCGCCGCCCACUGCGUCCAGGACAAGGGUUCGGUCAGGCACUCGCAGGCCGACCAAUGGGAAGCCUUCCUGGGCCAGCACGAGCUGAGCCGUGCCAACGAAUGGACGGUGAGGAGGAAGGUGAUGCGGAUUGUGGCUCACCGCGACUUUGACCAACUCACUUUUGACAACGACGUGGCGCUGAUGGAGCUGGAAUCGGACGUGCCGCUCAAUCAGCACAUUUGGCCCAUCUGCCUGCCCUCCCCUGCACACCGCUUCCCUGACGGCCAGGAAGCCUGGAUCACCGGCUGGGGAGCCACCAGAGAGGGAGGUGCGGCGGUGAACAUCCUGCAGAAAGCAAAAGUUCACAUCAUCAACAGUUCAGUGUGCAAUAAUGCGAUGAACAACGAGGUGAAGGAUGGAAUGUUGUGUGCCGGCGUCCUCAAAGGUGGUGUGGAUGCCUGCCAGGGUGACUCUGGAGGCCCGCUGUCUGUCAUCAGCCCAAGUAGGCGGGUCUUCCUGGCUGGCGUGGUGAGCUGGGGCAAUGGUUGUGCUCGCAGGAACAAGCCAGGCAUCUACACACGAGUGACCCGAUAUCGCAGCUGGAUCAAGGAGCACAGUGGUGUUUAGCCACACCGCUAAUUCUACCACAAGAAAUCUAAGAGAUUCAAGUUAAAGACUCUGUCUUUGUAAGUCUGGUGACUAUUUGCAGACAAGUUGAAGAGCCUUUCCAGAGAUGAGUCUUUACAGAUUAGUUAAAGAGUAUUUAGGACUUGUUGAAGUGUACAGAGACUAGUUUGACUUAAUAGAGUCGACACAGACUUCCUAAAGAGCUUUUAGUGACUUGUUUAAAUCUUUUGACACUAGUUGGACUUUUAAAAAAAAUCUUCAGUCUUCUUUAGCCUUAAUAAACUCAAAACAGACUGACUUUCUAAAGUGAGUCUUUACUAGUUUUAGUCGUUACAGACUAGUUGGACUUCAUAAAGAAUCUUUAGAAACUCGUUUAAGUUGUGGUGUCCUUAAGCAAGACACCAAUACCCUGAACUACUCCCCAGGAGCAAAAGUAGCCCAAUGCUCCAGUGUUCACCAUGAACUGCGUGUUUGCAGAGUUCACUACUGUGAUGGGUAAAAAGCAGAGGUCAGAUCUCGUGAAUAUGCAUACAUGUUAUGACGAUAAAAGGAGCAGGGCCCAGGUGUCACCAUACUUUUGAAACUGAGAGCUACAUCUUGGGUAUUGGCAAAUGCAAUGGGCAUAGCCAGUU